UUAUAAGCAGAUAUCCUCAAGAUCAUCACGGAUCUGAUGUCAAAAUAGAAGAUAGUGAAAAGGAGAUGAAAGUACAUCUCAGAUCUAUCGAACAAGCUGAGAAAGACAGAAGUAGGUCAACUAAAACGACAAAAGGGAAGUCUUUGUCUCAACAAACGGGCCAGCGCAAUAUUAAGCCCAACAAGGCUUUCAAUAUUGCCUACAGACCCAAAACCAUGAACGAGCCCAAUAAUGCAACACAAGGUUUAUCCUUCCAGAAUCUUCCUGCACAAGAAGACAAGACUAUGGUUAGAUCAAAGGGAACAUCUCAGAAAAUGCCAGAAAAGGAAAAGCAAAUGAUUAGCUGUAACACUCCAAUUCAGCUAGCCAAUAGGUUUGCAAUACUUGGCACUGAGUAGAAAACCCUAAGAACCCUAAUGUCUCUUGUAUAUAAAGGCUCACAAUUGUAAUAACAAACUAAGAGAGAAAUAUGGAAUAAAGAAGUAAUGCUUAUCUCCUUCAUAUCUUGAGUUUCUCAUAAUAUCUUCAUGGUAUCAGAGCAAUGGCAAAUCAGUCCAUGGAACUCUAUUCUUUUCCGUUUCCUGCACUAAACAUCUCAAACUGCGUCACUUUAAAACUAAACCAGAAAAACUACAUCUCAUGGAAAUCUCAGUUCGAGUCUUUCUUAUCUGGUCAAAAUCUCCUUGGAUUUGUGAACGGGUCCUUUUCGCCACCUGGUGCUGUCAUUCAAGUUCCACACAUCGGAGGCCAAGUUACCACGGUUCAGAAUCCAGACUACGGCGAGUGGUUCAGGGCUGACCAGAUUGUCAGAGCAUGGCUUUUAGGCUCUCUGUCAGAAGAUAUCCUUGCGGAAGUCACUGGUACUACAACGGCUCAGGAACUAUGGAAUGCUCUGGCAAGACACUUCAACAAGGUAUCCUCCUCACGCCUUUUCGAACUGCAAGGCAAGCUACAAUCGUCAGAAAAGCUAGAAAGGCCCAUGUCAGAGUAUUUAAGAGACAUAAGAAAUGUCUGUGAACAGCUAGCAUCUAUAGGGAGUCCAGUACCGGAGAAAAUGAAGAUCUUUGCAGUGCUCAGAGGGUUAGACAGAGAGUACGAACCUAUCAAAGUCUCUAUUGAAGGAAUGAUAGAUUUGGUGCCACCGCCUACCUUUGAUGAUGUCACCUCACGGCUCAUAACCUACGCAGACAGAUUAUCCACUUACAGCACAGCUCCAGAGGCAUCACCUCACACAGCCUUCUUCACCAAUCAAUCGGGUCGAGGAAGAGGCAGAAACGGUGGUUCUCGUGGAAGAGGGAACUUCUACUCGACUAAAGGCAGGGGCUUUCCACAACAGAUAUCCUCACACAACAAUGGUACUGAAGCAAAGGUGGUAUGCCAAAUCUGCAAUAAACAAGGUCAUCCAGCUAUCAAAUGUUGGUAUAGAUUUGACAGCAGCUAUCAGUAUGAAGAUGUACCUCAAGCGCUGGCUGCUCUGAGGAUCACGGAUGUCACGGACCAUGGAGGAACUGAGUGGGUCACAGAUUCAGGAGCCACUGUACACGUCACAAACUCCCCACACAAUCUGCAGAGAGCUCAAGCUUACGCUGGAUCAGACUCAGUCAUGAUUGGAGAUGGUAAUUUUCUCCCCAUCACUCACACCGGAUCAACUAGUCUUCAGACAACCUCUGGAAACAAAGAGGCUGCUGAUUCUAGGAAACUACAAUAAUGGUUUAUACAUACUGAAGGACUUACCUAAGAAAGUGUUCUAUUCCACACGACAACACUCUGUAAGUGAAGAUGUAUGGCAUAGAAGACUGGGGCACCCGAAUGACCAAGUUCUUCAGCAACUAUCUGCAAUAAAAGCUAUUCAAAUCAAUAAAGGUGUCAAGAAGAUGUGUGAAGCAUGUCAACUUGGCAAGAGUAGCAGACUACCUUUUUCUUCUUCUAGCUAUGUUGCUUCUAGGCCCUUAGAAAGAAUCCACUGUGAUCUUUGGGGACCUGCUCCAAUAAGUUCUUUUCAAGGCUUUCGCUAUUAUGUAAUCUUCAUUGACAAUUUCUCGCGCUUCUGUUGGCUAUAUCCUUUAAAGUUGAAAUCUGAUUUCUUCUCAGUCUUCA